CGCCGGGGGGACGGGAUAGAGGGUGACACCAGGGGGGGGGGACCGCCCGCUCCGCCACGCCGCGCAGCCCGGACCGCAUUUAGCGAGGCACACGGCAACGGCGGCCUCCCGGAGCAGCUCUCGCUGGGAUCGCGCAGGUAGCGUCAUUGUGUACCAAAGAAAUGGUGAUGGAGAAGCCAAGUCCCCUGCUUGUCGGGCGGGAGUUUGUACGGCAGUACUAUACUUUACUGAACAAGGCACCAGACUUCUUGCACAGGUUUUAUGGUAGGACUUCCUCUUAUGUUCAUGGUGGUUUGGAUGGAAGUGGGAAGCCCACAGAAGCAGUGUAUGGGCAGGCUGAGAUCCACAAGAAGGUGAUGUCCCUUCAGUUCAGUGAUUGCCACACCAAGAUUCGCCAUGUGGAUGCACACGCCACCCUCAGUGAUGGAGUGGUUGUACAGGUGAUGGGCGAGCUGUCAAACAAUGGACAGCCAAUGAGGAAGUUCAUGCAGACGUUUGUCCUGGCACCAGAGGGUUCUGUUCCAAACAAAUUCUAUGUCCACAAUGAUAUAUUCCGCUAUCAGGAUGAAGUGUUUGAUUCUGACGCUGAACUGGAAGAAGAGUCUGAAGAGGAAGUUGAGGAAGAGUCGGAAGAGCCACAGCUAUCUCCCGAACCCGUGCAGGAAAACACGAACAAUACUUAUUAUGAGUCUCACGCUGUCAGUAAUGGUGUGGAGGAAUCGCUGGAGGAACCAGCUGCAGAGCCAGAGCCCGAGCCCGAAUCGAAAGCCGAGGAGGUAAAACCUGAGCCGGAGCUGGUGGAGAAGACGGCGGAGGAGUUGGAGGAGAAAGCUCCGUCACCCGUUCCAGUGGAACCCACUUCUCAGCCACAAGAACCGCCCAAGGCUUUCUCCUGGGCCUCAGUGACCAGUAAAAAUCUGCCUCCUAGUGGUACAGUUGCUUCCUCUGGAAUUCCUGCCCAUGUUGUUAAAGUACCAGCCUCACAGCCAAGAGCUGAAGGGAGAAGCGAGACCCAGUCUCAGCCCCCUCGGCCCAGAGACCAGCGUCCUCGCGAGCGGAUCGGCUUUGUCCCCCGUGGGCCCAGACCAGGUCGGGGAGAUCUGGAUGGCGGCGAGGUGGAGAAUCGGCGGAUCAUCCGAUACCCAGACAGCCACCAACUCUUUGUUGGCAACUUGCCUCACGACAUCGAUGAAAAUGAAUUGAAGGAUUUCUUCAAUAGUUUUGGCAAUGUGGUGGAGCUUCGUAUUAACACAAAGAGCAGUGGAGGCAAGCUGCCAAACUUUGGCUUUGUGGUGUUUGAUGAUCCUGAUCCAGUCCAGAGAAUCCUGAGUGCCAAGCCGGUCAUGUUCCGCGGGGAGGUCCGCCUAAACGUGGAGGAGAAGAAGACGCGGGCGUUCCGGGAGGGGGAGCGGAGAGGCGGCGGAGACGACCGCAGGGACAUCCGUCGCAACGACCGAGGCUUGGGGCCGCGCGGCAUGAUCGGCGGCGGGAUGAUGCGGGAUCGAGACUCCCGGGGGCCACCGCCCAGGGGUGGCAUGGCGCUGAAGUCGGGCCCCGGGGCCGGCCGGGGUGGCUUGUCUGGUGAAGGCCGCUUUGCUGGGCCCCGUCGUUAAGGCUUCGCCGUUCCUGAUACCUUGCUGGUGACACCACCCUCUUCGUUUAUUUUUUGUUAAUUUUGGCUUUGGAAUGUGACAUGGCCUGUUUUUUUUUUUCCUCUCAUUUCUUUGUGAAAGCAGCCUUCUUUUUACCGGAUUGAUCAUUCUCCCUAUUUUUGGAACAGGAUUUACGCAACAAAAAAAAGCAAAACCAUUGUCUAAAGACUUGGAAAACAGAGUGAAUGGCUUCAAUUAAUUGGAACCCAUUUUAAAGGUCUGAAGAUCUGCCCGUUUAUAUAUUUGGAAAAAAAACAACAGCCUUGUGGUCUUUGCAACUUGACUGCUUUAUUUCAUAAAUGUGUCAAGUUUAUGCCCAGUUUCUGCUGAGGAAAACAAAUUGAUGCAAUUGAAGAAGCUUGCCUUGGUAUUUUUCCUUUUAGAAAUACUUGGCUCGAGAACUUGUGUUCAUGCACUCAUCAUAAUGCACUAAUAGUACUCUUAGAACAUCAUUUGCCAUGCCAACUGCAGGAGGAGAUGGGUGAAAAUCCACUGCUAUCCCGCCUUGACCAGGAAGGAUGUCUAACCAGAUGUGGUCUUUGAAUCCUAUUACCUGCUGUGACUGCUGUUUUCCCACAUCUGUUACCCGUAACGGACGAUGUUUGAAACAGUUUCUGACUGAGAUGGGUUUUUUUUUUUCCUUCUUGAACUAAAAAUUGAUAAACAGAAGCAAUUGUGAACUCGGAUUAACAGCCCUGAACGCAAGUGUUUGGCGGCUUAUUCUCCAGUUUUUUCUAUCUACCCCACUGCAAUACAGGGAUGCCUCGCUGCGUGACACCAGUUCUCUUCCCCUCAGUCUGUGCAGUUUGUGAAUGUGCAGCGGAAAAUCAUAGCGAACUGUUACUGUUUUUUUUUUCGUUCUUUCAAAGUGUAAAGAGCAUGAUGGUGCCUUCUAUUGAUACGUCAUUCCAGACUUGCUGGCAAUUCUUGUAUGGAUUGUACUCUUGCUCGGUACAAAGCCCAACAGCUGUAAUACCUUACGGAAUCACUAGUAUGAUGAUGAAAUGCAAAGAUGCGAUGAAGCUGCAGCAUCCUUGCUUUGUGUGGGCGCGGGGGGAAUCAGAAGUAUUAAAGAGAAAAGUAAAUUGCACAGUC